CUCAUUUCAUUUUUCUGGUUUUUUUUGAAGAAUAGAAGUGGAGGAGAGGAGCAAGAGGAGGAACUAGGGUUUUGGAGGAGAAAUCAAGAGGUUCUGGAGUUUAGUAGCCGCGUGUGACCUAGCCGGAGGUUCUUCCUUGGUUAUUGGAGACUAGGACGAUGGUUGCAGGCAGGAAUGAUGAUGCUAUUGCUGAGGCAUUGAGGAUGUUGGCUGGCUCCAUUGGUCAGAUUCCUCAAGCGAAUGCUGGUAACCGAAAUGGAGAUGAUGAUGAGUACCGUGCUUUAGGGAGAUUCCAGAGGAACAAUCCUCCUGUUUUUGAAGGUGAACAUGAACCUGAUAAAGCUCAAGCUUGGCUGAAGGCGAUUGAGAAGAUCUUCAGAGUUAUGAACUGCACUGAUGCUCAGAGGGUGCAGUUUGGUACUCAUAUGCUGGAAAAGGAAGCUGAAGAUUGGUGGAACAACACUCUUCAGAGGUUUGAAGAAGAUGGCAUUGAGGUUACUUGGGAUCUUUUCCGUGAUGUCUUCUUGGAGAACUAUUUUCCUGAAGAUUGUCGUGGGAAGAAAGAGGUGGAGUUCCUUGAGUUGAAGCAAGGAAAUGGUACUGUUGCUGUUUAUGCUGCUAAAUUUCAGGAGCUUAUCAAGUAUUGUCCCCACUAUAAUACUGCUAAUGCUGAGAGAUCCAAAUGUUUGAAGUUUGUGAAUGGCUUGAGACAUGAUAUCAAGAAGGCUAUUGGUUACCAACAGAUUACCCGUUUUACUGAGUUGGUUAACAAGAGUCGGAUUUAUGAUGAGGGUAGUAGAGAGAGUGCCUCUAUCUACAAGAGUUUGAAGGGAAAGAAUCAGGAUCGUGGGAAGCCGUAUGAUGACAAGAGGAAACAAGCUGGUUUUGGCAAGAAGCCAAGUUGGGGAGGACCUUCUACUUCACCUAAGUGUUUCAAAUGUGGAGCUGAGUGUCAUAAAGCUGCUGAGUGCAAGAAAGAGGUUACUACUUGUUUUAAGUGUGGCAAGUAUGGUCACAUAGCUACUAAUUGUAGAGGUGGUUCGAAUGUGACUUGUUUUAACUGUGGAGAGAAAGGCCAUGUUAGUACAAAAUGUGACAAGCCAAAGAAGGAACAAGCAAAAGGAAAAGUGUUUGCAUUGUCUGGUGCGGGAGCCACUACUGAUGAGAGGCUAAUUCAAGGUUCUGGAGUUUAGUAGCCGCGUGUGACCUAGCCGGAGGUUCUUCCUUGGUUAUUGGAGACUAGGUAGUGAGUCAAUGCUCUGGUCAUGUAACACUGGGUAGACUAGGUGUAUUGAACUCAUGUUAUAUUUGCGUAUGUAUUAUGCUAUGACUGGUGAACUUAUUUAUUAGUUACAUGUCUUUUGAGAGGUUUACAAGCCAAACCAUUUUGAUUAUGUUUAUGUUGAAUUGAGAUUAUUAGUCGAUGUAUGAUCAUGGUAUGGGACAUGAAUCAUUAUAAAUCACAUGAGUAUCAUAUAUUUCCGCUGUGAAUGCAUA